CACCCGUUGCAUAACGCUGAUAACAACCCUUUCUCUGCACACAGCAGCGCAGAGAUACCGACACCUCCCAUCUCCAUUUCUCCGUACUCGCAUCACGACCGGCCCAUCUUUCGCCGGCGAUGGACGCGUACCACCGCUACAUGAGGCCGCCACAGCCGCCACCUCCUCAGCCGCCGUCGACGGCGGAUCCCUACCACCAGUACCAGCAGCAGCCCCUGCCGCCGCCUCCGCAAGGUCCGUGGUACUCCAAUCAAUUCCACUACCAGUCUCCGUCCCCGCCACCGCCGCCUCCGCAGUCACAGCAAUGGGCUCAACCGCCGCCCCCGCCUCCGCCGGGAUCGGCGCCUUAUCCCCCUCUCCACGGCCAGUUCCCUCCUCGGCCUCACCUCCCCCCGCCUCCUCCAAUUCCUCCUCCUCCUCCUCCUCCUCAUGCGGCGUACCCUAAUUCGUAUCCUCCGCAGGAAUGGGGCAAUCCGAACUGGGCUUACCAGCAAAAUUGGAACCAUCCAGCAGCAGCACACAGCAAUGCCGAAGAUUGGGCUGCCAGGGCUAAAGCUUGGGCAGAUGCCAAAUCUGCCACGGAAAACCAGCACGCUCAGUCACAAUAUGCACCGCCAGGCAGGAUGGAUGAGCAGAGCCAUUAUCACAUCUCAUAUCCAUCUGCACUGGACUCUCACUAUACGGAAAAUCAUCAACAGCCACUAUCUGGACAGGGCCAUCAGCAACACUCUCUUUCUACGACACCCCCACAAGGGCAACCAUUGUAUGUGCAGGAGAUUACAUCUGUCAGUUCUGGGCCAUCAGCUUACCUUCCGGAUGGAAGUUCACCCUUCCCAGCUAGAGAUGGAGGAGUAACUGGACAUGCAAACUCAGUGCUUCGCCAACAAGAUUCUUUGCCGACCAACGUAUCUGUUCAUCAGCAGGAGGUACCUUCUAGUUAUUCUUCUGUUUCAGGUCAAGAAGACAGAGCAGAUCAAAGGGAGAAGUCAUUGCAUUGGCAUGUUUCUGCAAGUCAGGAAAAUAUGCACCACCUGCAACCACCAAGGCCUGCUAUUGCUGGAUCAGUUCCAUCUGGACAGCCCUUUCCAUAUGGCAAUCAACUAGCUGAGCCUGUGACUGAUCUUGCUGAUCAGCCAUUGCAAUUUACUCCCAGAUUCACUCGGGAUCAAGAGUCACUUCAGCAGCCUGGUUAUGCUCAUCACCUUAACCCUGCAGCUUCAGCUUCUAUGAAUGCUUGGACCUCGUCUGUGGUUCCUGAGGCGGUUUACCCUCCAGUUCCUUCAGUUAAUCCACCAGGGCCUCAGCUCGAUCCCUCUGUACCAUCUCCUCUCUCUGGACAUGGAGCAACGCCAUUUGCAAGGUUUUCUGGAACAAGUUUUCAGCCUACAGUUCCAUCUCCCAGUGGCCCUUUCAAUCUAAGUGCAGGAACAGCAUUACCUCCUGCUGCAGCCUUCGCUGGCGAUGCUUAUGGUCUUUCUAAUAUGUCCGAGCGUCCCAAAAAGGCUCCAGUGCCUAAUUGGCUUAGAGAGGAGAUAAUUAAGACAAAAGCUACCAUUUCAAGCACAUCUCUGGGGCAUGCUAAAGUUGAAUCUCAAUCCAUAGACGAUGAAGAAUCAGAUAAGUCAUUCCAAAUGGGUGACCAAGGAGAAGACAAAAGCAUUGACACGUCUAGGUCAACUGAAGAAGAUGACGACGAUGAGGAUUAUGCAGAAGCUGCCAGAACUGCGGCCAUUAACCAAGAAAUCAAGCGUGUUCUAACUGAAGUUCUUUUGAAGGUGACUGAUGAGCUUUUCGAUGAAAUAGCGACAAAGGUCCUUAAUGAAGAUGAUCCGGUAACUGAUGCUGAUUACAAUGUAACUAUUUCAGACCAAAGGGUCUCACCAUCUGCCCUUUCUGGCCUUAAUCCAAAAACACCUGCAAAGCUUUCAGUUUCACUUGACACUAAGGAAUCAGAGACUGAAGAUGUCAGUGAAAAGUCUAGUUCCAGUUCCCCAGGGAAUAUCUUGGGUCUGGCAAAUUAUACCACUGAUGAUGACGACGAUGUUGGGGACAAAGAAACGCACAGCUCCAGUGCCCCAACUCUUGCAAAAAGUAUCGGUCCAAUGCUCUCAGGUGGUGAAAGGGAUCAAAAUGGUGUAACUAAGGCCCUUGAGAAUGGCCGGCCACCAAUUAGAAUUGAAGACAGUGUUAGGGUUCAGGCGGAAAUGGAGAGUGGUUCUACCAAAGUCAAUGCUUCCAAAAGGAAAAACAGCGCUGAUGGCAUUGGCUCAAGUCUCAGUAAGUCAGAUGUGACGGCGCAGUUAGCUUCUGGCGGCACAGUUGAUGGGAUGGAUUUAAAUCGUAAAAAGGUGAAUGAAGAUGUCAAUAUUUCAGGGUCAAGGGAUGCCAUGAAAGAUGAUGUCUCAAUGAAAUCAAAACAUCAUAGUGAGAAUGUUGUGUUGAAACUCAAGCCAGAUAAUUCUCAAGAUAAAGAGGCCAGAUUCAGAUCAAGCGGAGGUGAUUCAGUUGGUAAAGUUAAAAUGGACUUGAAGAUGGAUGAGAACCAGAGAAAGGAUGAAAGGGAUCUAAGGAAGGAAAGGACAGAAAGGUUGGAUUCCAAAGAGAAGCUGGAGCAACGUAAAUCUGAGGAUCGAGUGAAGGAAUCCCAUUCCAGGAGCAGAACGAAUGAUGUUGAUGGCAGGGAGGAUAGAAAGGAGGCAGGGCGAUCCUAUAGGUCUAGUGCCAAAGAAGGUGACAAAAGAAAUGAAAGGUCAAAGCAUAAGGAGGAAGACAGGUUGGGGAAUGAGCAUUCAAAUGAUUCAAGAAGGCAUAAGAGAAGACGUUCCUCUUCAACUGGCAGCAGAGGUAGAAAUAGUAAGGAAAAUUCACAUGCAAAAAGUUCGAGUGACGAAGUUUCUGACGAUUCUAGAAGGUUUGUCAUUAGGAAGUCACGUGCCCGAAAACGAGACCUCUCACCUUCUCCUGUUAGGUCUAGAAGAAGACCAUCGAGGUCCCCACAUAGCAAGCAUUCUCAGCGCAGGCAUUCUCCCUACUCUUCUCUUGGGAAUUCUAGGGGAAGGAGAAGGUCGAGGUCUAAGUCACCCAUCAGAAGGCCAAGAUGACGAGAAGAUUGAUUGUAAGUUUGAAACAAGUGCUCUAGACAUGGUGGUUGCUGAUGAUUCCUUUACCGUCUUAUUGUGCCCGAACGUCCUCGUGUUUCAUUCUGGGUGGAUCUUAAUACAUCACGGGUUUGGAGUUAAAAAACGCAUGGAUUUUCAGAGUGAUCAAAGGAGUGCCCUAUUGCCUGCGAGAUGAUCCAUCUCCUCCCUGUCAUCUCCUAGCAAAUCUUUAGUUAUUUGCCCAUCUGUAUUUACAGUCAAAAUGAGAGAAAUUAGAAUCCUCAUUCGUGUA